AUGCAUUAUUUUCAUAUUUUGAAUAUAUAUUCAAAUAAUUCAAUUCACAGAUUCUUAAUAUAAAUAUCUCUCUAGAUCAAUAACUCAUUAUAAGCACACAAAAAAAUCUUCCAAAUCUUUGUAUUAUCUCUCUAUCAAAGUGUUAUAUAUGGCUUCCCUUCUCACAGCAAACAGCAACAAACCCUCUUUCUCUCCACCACUCCCGACGACCAUAGUUGUUGUUUCUGUUGUGCUGUUGUUGCUCCUCCAAAAAACCACCAAUGUCUCCUGCGAGCUUCACCUCCUUCCCGCCGCUGUAUCCCAAGGCGCCGUUUGCCUUGACGGCAGCCCGCCCGCCUAUGAAUGGGAAGCCGGGAAAGGCCGCCAUGGGGGGAGGAACUGGCUGGUUUACCUCCAAGGCUCCGGCUGGUGCCUGAACACCUCUGCCCAUCGCAUUCCUGAUGGCGCCGUUCAAAGCUGUGCGGAACGGGCGAAGACCCACUUUGGUUCUUCCCACCGCAUGCUUCCUACUGACUUCUCCAGCCACCCCAUUCUUUCUCCCCGGUCCAAUGAUAGUUUUUUCUAUGAUUGGAACCGGGUGGUGGUGAGAUCCUGUGAUGGGGGGUCGUUCUCCGGCGAUGCCGACAUGCCGGAUCCCGUCACGGGUCUUCACUACCGUGGCGCGAGGGUGUUCCGCGCUGUUGUGGAGGACCUGAUGGAAAAGGGGCUGAAAAACGCCCGAAAUGUCCUCCUCGCUGGGGGUUCAUCUGGCGGGCUCAGGGUCAUGGUGCACUGUGACAGGUUCCGGCGCCUGUUCUCGAGGAAUGUGAGGGUGAAGUGUCACACUGAUAGUUCCCUCUUCCUCCACGUCAGAGACCCUCGCCAGGCGAGGCGUGGAGGCGUGUUUCUUCCCGCGGAACCUGGUGCGGUAUAUCGAAUCGCCGUUGUUCAUUUUGAACUCGGAGUUCGAUUCGUUCCAGGUGACGAACACGUUCUCCAAGGCCUUGCAUGACAAUGUCAUUCACCACAACGUUAGCCGGAGCGAUUUGGCACUCCUCCGAGACUUCCGGGCCCAAACGAUCGGAGCACUGCCUCGACCAAGCAGCACGAAGGGCCUCUUAAUGGUUCAGAUGUCUGAAUGGUUAAGAGAUUUGCCUCUGAAUGGUUAAGUAUUAUACAGAGUCUGAAUGGUUAAGAGCUGUUAUCUGAAUUGAUCAGACAUUUGCCUCUGAAUAGUUAAGCAAUAUACUAGCUCUUAAUGG